AUCGGCGCGUCACUGAUGUCCAGUAAUGUGUGGGGCAGCGGCCUCUUCAUCGGCCUGGCAGGCACGGGGGCGGUGGGGGGCAUCGCCGUGGGCGCAUUCGAAUGGAACUGUGGAUGCUGGUGGCUCUGGGCUGGAUCUUUGUUCCGGUGUACAUCUCCUCAGGUGUGGUGACCAUGCCAGAGUACCUCCGGAAGCGGUUCGGAGGCCAGCGCAUCAGGAUCUACAUCAGCGUCCUCUCACUCAUACUCUACAUCUUCACCAAGAUAUCUACAGACAUAUUCUCCGGAGCCCUCUUCAUCCAGAUGUCUCUGGGCUGGGACCUCUACGUCUCCAUCGUGGUGCUGCUCAUAGUCACUGCUGUCUACACCAUCGCAGGGGGUCUGACAGCGGUGAUCUACACGGAUGCUUUCCAGACCGUCGUCAUGGUGGUGGGAGCGGUCAUCCUCAUGUUCAUAGCGUUUGACAGGGUGGGCUGGUACGAGGGCUUGCUAGAGCAGUACCCGCUGGCAGUACCAGCCGUGACGGUUCCCAACACCACCUGCCACCUGCCGCGCCCAGAUGCCUUCCACCUGUUCAGGGACGCCCGGACCGGAGACCUGCCCUGGCCCGGCCUGAUACUGGGGCUCUCCGUGCUGGCCAUCUGGGUCUGGUGCACGGACCAGGUGAUAGUGCAGCGCUCCCUGUCUGCUAAGAGUCUGUCCCACGCCAAGGCGGGGUCGAUCCUGGGGGGCUACCUGAAGGUCCUGCCCAUGUUCUUUGUGGUGAUGCCAGGCAUGAUCAGCCGAGCCCUGUUCCCUGAUGAGGUGGGCUGUGUGGACCCAGAGGAGUGUUUAAGGAUCUGUGGGGCCAGUGUAGGCUGUUCCAACAUCGCCUACCCCAAACUGGUGGUGGAACUGAUGCCUGUGGGGCUGCGAGGGCUGAUGAUGGCGGUGAUGAUAGCAGCUCUGAUGUCAUCCCUGACCUCCAUCUUCAACAGCAGCAGUACUCUGUUCACCAUGGACAUCUGGCAGCGUGCCCGCCCCCACGCCUCCCAGAACGAGCUCAUGGUGGUGGGCAGGGUGUUCAUCCUGUUCCUGGUGGUGCUUAGUAUACUGUGGAUCCCCAUCAUCCAGUCAGCCAAUAGCGGACAGCUGUUUGAUUACAUCCAGGCCAUCACCAGCUACCUGGCUCCGCCCAUCACCACUGUCUUCUUGCUAGCCAUCUUCUGGCCACGCGCCAACGAGCAGGGGGCGUUCUGGGGCUUGAUGGCGGGCCUGGUGGUGGGUGCUGUCAGAAUGGUGAUGGAAUUUGCAUACAGCACGCCCUCCUGUGGUCAGGUGGACUCUCGCCCCGCCCUCCUCAGAGACGUACACUACCUGUACUUCGCUCUCAUCCUAUUGGCUUUCACAGCUCUGGUCAUCGCCGCUGUCAGCCUCUGCACCCCGCCCAUCCCAAAGGAGCAUCUCCAUCGUCUGACAUGGUGGAGCAGGCACAGCAGGGAGCCCAGGGUUGACCUCCCCAACCCCUGGUCCCCGUCCGAGCCCACGACCCCUGACCCCGACCCCAGGCCAUCUUCAGAGGAGCCAGCGGCGGGCGAGGCGGAGAGCCGUGCGGAGGCACAGCGGUCGUGGUGGAGGCGGGCAGGCCUGUGGAUGUGUGGCAUGUCUGGGCAGGAGGCUCCACAGCUCCCCCUGGAGGAGAGGCUGGCUCUGGAGGACAAGCUGAGCAGCAUUCAGGAGGUCCCUCUCUGGAGGAACGUCUGCAACACCAACGCUAUCAUCCUCUUAGCGGUUAACGUCUUCCUCUGGGGCUACUUUGCCUGACAAGACCUAUCUUUAGCUAGCUGCUAAGCUCAUUCUGCUCACCCUGAAUAUUUUGGUUUGUCACACUCCUGGUGCUCUUACGUUGACGAGCACCUUUGUCACUAUUUUGAAAAAGUAAUGUGUCACUGUAAUUGUUUUUGGAAGCCCUGAAGGUAUGGGCUGUAUAAAAAUCAAUCAUUGAAUGCAUUUAAUAAAAUGGAAAACUCUUGAUCA